UGCUCACUCACACUCACACACACUCACACACACUCACUCUCAUCUUCCUCCUCAUCGUUUGUUCCUCCGCGCGGCUCGGAUCAACUUUGGAAGUUUAUUGUCGUUCAGAACCGAGAUGGAGACGUGAGGAGGAGGACGAGUGAAACAAAAGACGAGCAGACGGAGAGACGGAGUGGAGGGAAAGAAGCGAGUCGCAGCAUGAAGGGAUCAUGGAGGUGAAUGAGCGACGGCUGCACUCUUCCCUCAGAGAACGGGUGGAACGAGGAAGAGGAGGAGUGAGAGAAGAGGAGGAAGAGGACGGAGGGAUGGAGAGACACGGGAGGAAGGUGGACAGUUCCAGCAACACACUGAAAGCCUUUGAGAAUCAUCACGUGGUGGAUAUCAGCUCAGGAGAAAUGCUGAACAAACACACUGCAGCUCAGUCGUUGUCACUGCAUCAGUUGGGGAUUUGUGCUGCAGCUCCUCGACGUGGUCUGAGCUUUUGUGCUGAAACCGGACUGGACCAUCGCAUCCAGAACAUGGGGGGAGUCGCCAUCUCCCCGGACUGUGCCAUUCAUCUGUGGGACAGGGGGGUUAAAGCGCACGGACGUGAAUCUCGAUUGUCCAGUCAGUCCAACUCGACUCUGUCUCUCACCGACAUGGAGAACGACGGCAAAGUGGAACACGAUGGCGAGCUGCUGUCAAACCAGCAAGUCCCGCCCCCCACUGCUCCACAUCAGCAUAAGCAACACCUGUCAUUCAACCCAGCACUGACCAAUCAGAAGGCAGAGUUCCAGAGUGCAUCAGAGUGUGUGCAGCUGCAGGAGAACUGGGUUCUGGGAACCAGCAUGGGUCUGCAGAGCAGGCACUUCCUGUUAAAGACUGGCACUGGCUCUGCCUCUCUCUUUACCACGCCCACUCCAGGCUUUACCAUGGCAACAGGGGCGGUGUAUUGCCCACCAGCACGCCCCUUUCUCCGAAACAAGCUGUCCAGGGGCGCGUUCCAAUUUAACAAAUCACCAAAACACUGCUCCUGGAAGUGCACUGCUCUGAGUGCAGUGGGUGUGGCCACGAUGCUGUCAAUCAUGCUCUCCUACUGUAUAGUGAUGCAUGUAUUUGGACUGAACUGGAAGCUGAAGGACGUUCACACACACGCGUUUGAGAACGGUCGUGUUUCUACAUCCACCAGCACAGCAACCUCACUCAACACUCUCAACACACAUGGCCGAGCUGACCUGGGGCAGGACUCGGGGCAGAUGCAGGUGGGUCAGCAGGUGAGGUACUCAUUGGUCCCGGGGCUUUUCUGGAGAUCAAGCAUCGUCUUGGAGCAGUCACAGUUCCUUAAAUUCAACAUCUCCAUCCAGAAGAAUGCUCUGAUAGGAAUAUAUGGGAGGAAAGGACUCCCACCCUCACACACACAGUACGACUUUGUGGAGCUGCUCGACGGCAGCCGUCUGAUUUCCCGUGAUGUGGAGGUCAGGGACGGGAUGGAGAGCCCGGUCAGCAUUCACUGUGCUGGAUUUAUUCAGUAUCUUCAUGUUGGGGUUUGGCAUCUGGCUUUCUAUAACGAUGGACAGAAUCUGGAGCCUGUUUCAUACAACACUACGGUUCUGGAUUCACUAACCGAGUGUCCUCAUAACUGUUAUGGAAACGGAGAGUGUGUAUCCGGCUCCUGUCGCUGUUUCCCAGGAUUCCUCGGGCCGCACUGCUCUCAGGCUGCCUGCCCUGUAUUGUGCAGUGGUAAUGGAGAUUACAGCAGGGGGCGCUGUCACUGCUACAGCGGCUGGAAGGGGACGGAGUGCGACGUCCCCAUGGCUCAGUGUGUGGACGCUCAGUGUUCGGGUCACGGCGUGUGUGUGUCUGGGGUGUGUGUGUGUAACCGUGGAUAUAAAGGAGACAACUGUGACGUGGUGGAAUGUUUGGACCCGUCCUGUUCAGAUCACGGUUCUUGUCUUCAGGGUCGGUGUCACUGUUUUCCUGACUGGACCGGGUCCAGGUGUGAGUCUCAGGUGUCUCUGUGUCCUGAACAUUGCUCCACUGGAGGACAUUUUGAGAACAAGGCGUGUGAGUGUGAGCCCAACUGGACCGGACCGAACUGCUCCACUGAGUUGUGCGCUGCAGACUGCGGGUCGCACGGUGUGUGCGUCGGUGGUGUGUGUCGCUGUACAGACGGCUGGUCAGGGGUUCGGUGUGAACAGGAGGAGUGUAAACUGCACUGUGGGGAACAUGGUGUGUGUCGUGAAGGUCAGUGUGUGUGUCAUCAAGGCUGGACAGGAGAACACUGUAACAUUGCUCACUUCCUGGAUGGUAAGAUCAAAGACAGUUGUCCCGGUCUGUGUAACGGUAACGGACGGUGUGUUCUCGAUCAGAACGGAUGGCAUUGUCUCUGCCAGCCCGGGUGGAGAGGAACAGGAUGUGAUGUCGCCAUGGAAACCGUUUGCUCCGACGGAAAAGACAACGAAGGAGACGGUCUGAUGGACUGCAUGGAUCCGGACUGCUGCGUUCACACGUCCUGUCAGGAACAAACUUUCUGCCGUGGAGCACCUGACCCUAAAACCACGACCCCUCAGCGACCUUUAACCCCCACCAUGACCUUUUAUAUGCGAGUCAGCUUCCUAAUAGCAGAGAGAGGAACACAUCGACUUCCUGUAGAGAGUCCGUUUAACAGCAGUCUGGUGUCUGUAAUUCGAGGUCAGGUGAUCACGGAGGACGGGACGCCGCUGAUCGGGGUGAACGUCUCACUGCUGCACGACACGGAACACGGAUACACCAUCACACGCCAGGACGGCAUGUUUGAUCUGUUGGUUAACGGUGGAUCGUCUCUGACUCUGAGUUUCACUCGUGCUCCGUUUCCCAUAAUGCACCACUCUGUGUGGUUGCCAUGGCGAGUAUUUCAUGUGAUAAACCGAUUGGUGAUGAGGCAGGAAGAAAAGCACACGCCCAUCUGUGAGCUCAGUGGCCUUGAAAGACCCGCCCCACAAAUUGUGACUACACCGCUAUCAACCUUUUACAGCUCCGCCCCUGAGGUCACGCCCAUCAUACCUGAGACACAGGUUCUCCAUGAGCAGACCGCCGUUCCUGGCAGUGAUGUGAACCUGGUGUAUCUCAGUUCUCGGGCGUUCUCCUACAAACCGGUCCUGAAGGUGAUCAUGACCCAGACUCUUCUUCCCUUCGGCCUCGUUAAAGUGCACUUGAUGGUGGCUGUGGAAGGAAGAAUGUUCCAGAAGGAGUUUCCAGCAUCUCCGAGACUCUCUUUCACCUUCAUCUGGGAUAAAACUGACGCUUACGGACAAAAAGUGUACGGCCUGGCCGAGGCUGUGGUGUCUGUGGGCUUCGAGUACGAGUCGUGCCCGGGGCUGGUUCUCUGGGAGAGGAGAACCUCCACACUGCAGGGGUUUGAACCGGACGCCUCUAACAUGGGCGGCUGGACGCUGGAUAAACAUCACAUCCUGGAUCUUCAGAACGGGAUCCUGUAUAAAGGAAAUGGUGAGAACGUGUUCCUGUCCCAGCUGCCCCCGGUCAUCAGCACCAUCAUGGGUAAUGGACGCCGGAGGAGCAUCUCCUGCCCCAGCUGUAAUGCCCCAGCUGGGGGGAACAAGCUGCUUGCACCUGUAGCACUGGCGUGGGGCAAAGAUGGAAGUCUGUAUGUGGGAGACUUCAACUACAUCAGACGCAUCGAUCCAUCAGGAAACGUUACCAGCAUCAUGGAGCUCAGGAAUAAGGAUUUCAGACACAGUAAUAACCCAGCUCACCGUUACUACCUGAGCUCGGACCCUGUGAGGGGGCAGCUGUACGUAUCAGACACAAACUCCAGGCGGAUUUACAGGCCCCGAGUGUUGACCGGCGAAGUGGAUCCUCAGGCAAACGUGGAAGUCGUAGCAGGGAGUGGGGAUCACUGUCUGCCUUUUGAUGAGAAUCAUUGUGGAGAUGGAGGACCUGCUUCUGAGGCUCUCCUCACAGGACCUAAAGGGAUCGCUGUGGACAAAAACGGCCUGAUCUACUUUGUGGAUGGAACAGUGAUUCGCAGAGUGGACCAAAGCGGUGUUAUUACCACCAUCCUGGGGUCAAACGACCUUGCAUCAGCUCGACCUCUCGGCUGUGAUGCCAUUAUGGACAUCCAGCAGGUUUCGUUGGAGUGGCCGACAGAUCUGGCCGUCAGUCCGGUGGAUAAUUCUCUGUUGGUUCUGGACGGCAGUGUGGUUUUGCGUAUUACAGAAGAGGGGCAGGUCAGCGUGGUAGCAGGCCGACCUCUGCACUGUCCGCUGCCUGUCACUGAACCUACAGUAACCGAAACCCAACUUGCCACCCACAGUCAUUUGGAGUCUCCGAGCGCCAUCGCUGUGUCCUUCACAGGAGUGUUACACAUCGCAGAAUCGGACGAGCGGAAGAUGAGUCGCAUUCGCAGCGUGGCACCGAACGGUGAGAUCACUCACUUAGCCGGGUCACCGUCCGACUGCGACUGUAAAACAGACGUUAACUGCGACUGCUACCUCACAGGAGACGGUUUUGCUAAAGACGCUCGUCUCAACGCACCUUCCUCGCUCGUCGUCACUCCGGAUGGAACGUUAUACGUCGCCGAUCUGGGAAACAUCCGAAUCCGAGCGAUCGGGACAAACAAACCUCAGCUGGACGCACACGGACUUUAUGAAGUAGCCUCCACUGCAGAACAGGAAGUGUACAUGUUUGACUCCAAUGGAACGCACCAGCACACUGCUAAUCUUGUGACUGGAGAUUUUAAAUACAACUUCAGCUACAGCAAUGAUGGAGAUCUGACCUCCAUCACCGAUAGCCAUGGAAACACGCUCCGCAUCCGAAGAGAUGCGAAUCGCCAGCCGGUCCGAAUCGUAGCGCCGGAUAAUCAGGUGGUUUGGUUAAACAUCGGCUCCAACGGGGCACUGAAAAGCCUGGGAACGCAGGGGCGGGAUCUGGUGAUGCUCACUUACCAUGGCAACAGUGGUCUCCUAGCAACCAAGAUUACUUCCAAUGGAUGGACCACCUUCUAUGAUUAUGACAGCGAAGGAAAGCUGACUAACGUGACGUUUCCCACUGGAGUGGUGAUCAGUCUGCUCAGUGAUGCCGGCAUCGUCUCCACAGUGGAAAUGAAGAACUCUGAGAGAGAAGAAGAAGCUGGGAUCACGGCCAACAGAUCGGCCCAUCAGACUGUCCUCACACUCCGGCAGGAUCAGCUGAAGACGAGCUACGUGGUGGGUUACGACAGCUCUCUGUGGGUUUUAUAUACAAACGGACUGAGCGCUCAUUUCCAAACCGAGCCUCAUAUCCUGUGCGGUGCUUCGUCUCCUACGGUGGCUCGCAGGAACAUCACGCUCCCGGACGACACCGGACAAAACCUGGUUGAGUGGCGCUUCAGGAAAGAACAGACUCGCUCCAAAGUCACGGUGUUCGGGCGCAAACUACGAGUGAACGGGCGAAACAUCCUGUCUGUCGAUUACGACCGCACGCUAAGAACUGAGCGUAUUUAUGACGAUCAUCGCAAAUUCCUCCUGAAAAUCGGUUACGAUGCGAUGGGACAUCCUGCUGUGUGGAUGCCAAGCAGCAAGUUACUGCUGGUGAACGUGACCAGGAAGAGCAACGGGCAGCUGAGCGCCAUCCAGUGGGGGCCUGUAGUAGAGCAAAUAGAGCACGAUGAACAAGGGCGCAUUCGCACGAGAGUGUUUCCUGAUGGGAAAAUGUGGAGCUACACACACCUGGAGAAGUCUAUGGUGCUGAUCCUGGCCAGUCAGCGGCAGUUCACCUUCGAGUACAACUCUGAUGGAGACCUUUGUGCUGUUGUCAUGCCCAGUGUCGCUCGUUACACCAUGGAAACCAUCCGCUCUUUCACGUACUACCGGAAUCUGUAUCGUCUUCCGGAAAGCAAUGCAUCUGUAGCCGUGGACUACAGCGAAGACGGGCGACUUCUUCGACUGCUUCGGACGGGUACGGGACGUCGGGUAAUUUAUCGCUAUCGGUGGAACGACAAGCUAGCCGAAGUGGUGUACGACAGCACACGUGUCAGUUUCACAUACGAUGAAACCCUUAGCGUUUUAAAGACAGUGAAUCUGCAAAGUGAAAGCUUCAUCUGCACCAUCAGAUACCGACAGCUAGGUCCCCUUGUGGACAGACAGAUCUAUCGCUUCAGUGAAGAUGGGAUGGUGAGCGCAAGGUUUGAUUACGCGUACGAUGGGAAUCUCCGUGUAAGCAGCAUUCAGGGUGUGAUCAACGAGACCCCGCUGCCCAUCGACCUCUACCAGUACGAUGACAUUUCUGGAAAAGUGGAGCAGUUCGGAAAAUUUGGUGUGCUUUACUAUGACAUCAAUCAGAUCAUCUCCACCUCCGUUAUGACUUACACUAAACAUUUCGACGGCCAUGGACGAAUUCGGGAGAUCCAGUAUGAGCUGUUCCGGACACUGCUGUUCUGGAUCGCAGUUCAGUACGACGAAGUGGGUCGAGUCACUUCAAGAGAGAUGAAAAUCGGACCUUUCGCUAAUGCUACAAAAUACAGCUACGAGUAUGAUGUGGACGGCCAGCUGCAGACCGUCUACCUGAACAAAAAACCAACAUGGCGCUAUAGCUAUGAUUUAAAUGGAAACAUCCACCUGCUUAGCCCAGCGAUCGGCACACGGAUCCUUCCGUUACGCUACGACCUUCGAGAUCGCAUCACUAGACACGGAGACCUUCAGUACGAGCAGGACGAGGACGGAUUUCUACACCAGAAAGGAGCUGAAGUCUACUGUUACAACUCCAACGGACACCUGGAGCGUGUUUAUAGCAAAUCCGCUGGCUGGAGCGUCCAACAUCGCUAUGAUGGGUUAGGACGCAGAGUUUCAACUAAAUCCAGUUUGGGGCAGCAUUUGCAGUUUUUCUAUGCAGACUUGAGCCACCCGAGCCGCAUUACGCAUGUCUACAACCACUCCAGUGCAGAUAUCACCUCUUUGUACUACGACCUUCAGGGGCAUGUGUUCGCCAUGGAGAUCAGCAGUGGAAAAGAGUUUUAUGUGGCUUGUGACAACACCGGAACGCCGCUAGCAGUUUUUGGGAGCGACGGAGUGCUUUUAAAGCAAAUUUACUACACAGCGUAUGGAGAAGUUUAUUCUGACUCGAACCCAGAGCUCCAGCUCGUCCUCGGGUUCCACGGUGGGCUCUAUGAACCGCUGACUAAGCUGAUUUAUUUCGGGGAGCGGGAUUACGACAUCAUCUCGGGCCGCUGGACCUCUCCAGAUAUCACACUGUGGAAAACAAUCGGGAAAAACCCAGCACCCUUUAACCUCUAUGCCUUCCGUAACAACAAUCCCAUCAGCAAAAUCCAGGAUGUGACAGAGUUCCUGACAGAUGUGAACACCUGGCUGGUUGUAUUCGGGUUCCAUCUCCACAACAGCAUUCCCGGAUUUCCACGUCCCAAGUCUGAAAUGACUCGAGUGUCCUAUGAGCUGGCUAAGAGUGAAAUUUGGGACAAUCUUCCGGCGAUCGGAGUUCAGCAGCAGGUCCUGCGUCAGGCGAAAGCCUUCCUGGCUCUUGAGCGAAUGCCUCAGGUUCAAAAAGUGUCCAGACCGUGGCUGUGGUUCGCUCCAGGCGAGUCUCUGAUUGGCCGUGGUGUGAUGGUGGCGCUGUACAGAGGCUCGGUGAUCACACGCGCACUCAGCAUCGCUAACGAAGACUGCAUCAAAGUCGCUAACAUCCUCAGCGGAGCUCUGUACCUCAAAGAUCUGCACUUCACUUUAGAUGGACGUGACACACAUUACUUUGUAAAAGUGGGAGCUCCAGAAGCAGACCUGGCCGCACUUCGGUUGGUGACGGGACGUAAGCAGCUGGAAAACGGUGUUAACGUGAGCGUGUCUCAGUCCACGGCUGCGAUGGGCGGACGCACUCGCCGUUUCGCGGACGUGGAGCUGCAGAGCGGUGCACUAACCCUUCACGUGCGCUACGGAGCCUCUCUGGAUGAGGAGCGGGCACGAGUGCUGGAGUUAGCGCGACAGAGGGCACUGACGAGCGCGUGGGCGCGGGAGGCACAGUGCAUACGGGACGGAGAGGCGGGAACUCGGCUGUGGACUGAGGCGGAGAAGAGACAGUUACUCAACGGCGGACGAGUGCAAGGAUACGACGGAUAUUACAUUCUCUCAGUGGAACAGUAUCCGGAAUUAUCCGAUAGCAUGAACAAUAUACAGUUCCUCAGACAGAACGAGAUCGGAAAAAGGUAGCAGAGAACUCUCUUUAAUAUUCAUGAGGAAUUAUUUAUAUGCACCUAUACGGUCAGGUUCUAACUUCUGAGUGCACCACUACACACCAUACAUCUCACUAUGCACUGUAACACUGCAGCUACUGAACUCUAACGCUAACGCUAGUGUCCAUGGCUGAUGGCUCCUCCCCUUACACUGUGUAAUGUAAGGCCUGGUAUCCUGUGUGUCUGUGUGUCUGUCUGGUGUCCCGUCUUACUGACUCCCUUACUGGACUCCUCCAUCUCACUGACUCGAUCUCAAGAGCUUCCUCUCGUCAGAUCUCAUCAAUAAUGAUGAUGUAGCUACAGAAAUCACAUGUUGUGACUUUUAAACAUGAGCUGAUCUCAUUCACAUUAGUCCUCUAUAGUAAUGUAGAGUAAAUUAAAUCAGAGCCGGAUUAGUGUGAGUCCAUUAGCUAGCGCAGCAGGUGGCUCGUAGCGCCGGUCUUCUAAUCCAGAAAUCACUGAAAAUGCUAAAGAACGUAGCUAAUAUACCGUAAUGACUAAUUAUCUGGUGACGUGUUAAAUUCAGAGAGCUCUAGUGUUUAUCUUCUAAUGAACGCCUGCUGUAUCCUGGACAAAAAAAUGAGUUUUUAUUAACAGCUAAAUAUUUUUUAUUUCACUCUCUGUUUGUCUUCUUUCUCUUGAUGUGUAAAAGGAAGAUGUUUAUAGACGUGGAGUUUAAUAAGACAGUUUUUCCCCUUAAUCAUCUGCGUGUUCCUGAUUCUGAAACAUUCGUCUGUCUUCAUUUCACACAUUAUAACACCCAGAAUAAAACUGUUGUGUGUCCGCCGUCUUGUCUCGGCUGUGUGUGUAGUGCAGCAGGUGGAUUCUUCAUGACAUUUGUUGAGAUGAUGAGAUGCAUCAGGAAGCAAACAGUAAAAUUUACACACAAACGUAACAGCACUAUUUAUGUUAGAUUUCUACAGUGAACAAUGAUGUGGUGAGACUUUAACUGUGUUUAUGUGCUUGUGACGUUGCCCAGGUGUUGGUCGUGCACUCAGACGUUCAGACCUGACAGUAUAAACUUAUAAAGUGUUAAAAUAACGCUGUGCGUUUACAACAUUAGCGUCUCACAAACUCAUCUAAAGCCUCAAGAAGGCCAGAAACUGUGGAGCAAAGUGAAGUGUUGUGACUUAAAGACAUGGAGGAAAAUAUUACAGGAACAUUUACUGUCCUUCUCACUCCACUUAUCUCACUAUGUAUUAAAUAUUCACUUCACCAAGUUCCCUUCAAUUAUAGCAGUUAAAAAUAAUGUUUACAUAUCCACAGGUCUGCACCAAUUAAACACACACACACACACACACACACACACACACACACACACACACACACACACACACACACACA